GGAGGCCUGAUGCAUCCUGAUAAUCUCCAUGUUGUCGCAGAUCUGGCGCUCCUCAACGACGAAGGAUUUAGGGCAGAUGUGGAGAUAGAUCGAGUCGCAUACCUCAAAUGCAACUACGGUCCUCACGUUCCUCUCAUUCACAUGUCCACCUCAUACAGCACGCAGUACUGAAAGCAUCAGGGAUUGAAGAAAGAAAGCGAGAAUUAACCGCAUUCUUCUGGAGUGGAGACCUCUCCAUCAUGGCUUCCACCCUUCAGCCUCCACCGGCCUCCUUCUCUUUAAAUAGUGAACACAUCGCCAAAACCCAUCGCACUCUCGGUCUCCGCUGCCGCGACAGAUACUUCCGCGACGCCAUGGUCUGCGACGAAACCGGAACAAAACUCUACGCUUUCACCGCAAAAGACCUCGGGUCCUCAUGGUCGUUGCGGCGGAGCCUUGUCGACGCGAAUUCGGGAGCACAUCUUCUGGACCUCCGCCACACAAACUGGAGCGUCAACAAAUGGAUCAUCGAAAACACAGUAGCCAAAGAAGUCUGUAAAAUCAAAGAUGUCACUUCUUCCAGAAAUGGCGGGUUUACUGCUGUGGAUGUGCAGUUUAUUGAUGAUGAUGGAGGGAUCACGAAUCUGGAGAUGCGCUCGUUUGAUAAAGCGGUGAGUAGGACGACUUUUGGAGUCGAGGGGGUUGUUGUUGCUGAGAUGACGUUGACUGAUAAUAAUGAUGCGGCGUUUUUGCACAAAAGGGGAUUGGAUAGGACGGCGUGGAGACUUGAGGUUGCGGAAGGAGUGGAUGUUUCUUUAGUCAUUGCACUGGCCUUUGCGAGAGCUGAGAUCUCGCAUUCUUGGCGGAGGUAGCGAAGGAACUUGUCCCAGAGGUUAAUGGCAGCUAUGGACAUAGGGCAUUUGUUGCUGUGGUCUUCUAUGCGAUAGGUUGCAGCUGACUUCUGUAAAACAUCGCUGCCUACACAAUGGCCGCUUAAAGCAUCGUCAUCGCCAUCAUCUUGUUCCUUAAAUCUUGCUUGUAAGUAUCGGUGACCGCACCGCAGAUCAAAACCUCUCUCAAU